GCUGCAAUCGGGCAAACAUCGAGUGCAGUUCGAUUUUGUUUGUCUAAUCGGAGAAAUAACCCUUUCAUCAACAUGCUGAAGCUGGUACUGCUUUUGUUCGCCGCCCUGUUGGCCGUUGCCAUGGCUGUUCCUGCUCCAGGACCCAAUCCCAAUCCCGCUCCGGUGCCCCAGUAUGUCUACUCUGGUUAUCCGGCCGUGGGAUAUGCCUCCCCAUACGUUUUCUACGGCUGAUUACAGCAUCCGGUUUCACUGAAUAAAGCUUCUUGAUAUGUGCAUGAACAA